AUGGCGUCAGAAAACAUUAUCUAUAUUACCACAGAAAACGCGGAAUUUCCGGCCGAUAUUCUCGAGCCGUUAGGUAUUGGCAGCCUCAGCCACGGAGACCAUGACCAGGAAGUGAUCGUGGUGCAGACCCGAGAGGAAGUGGUGACCUGCCACGAUUCCGAGUGCGUACCCACCAUCCAUGAGAUCUUCGACCAGGUACCCAUUCCAUGCCCUGAUAUUGAUGACGACUUCGAGCAGACCCUGGCCGCCCUCGCAGCUUCAAUGGAGUCCGUCGCAUACGGACCCAGCUAUGAGGGCAACGACAACAAUCCCGGCUAUGUGUGUGAUGCCUACCAGGAUCUUGGCUUCAGUUAUGAGCACCAAGAUAAUGAGGAGCUCAGUGGUAAUAGCUACCACGGCCAAAAGGAGAGCAACCAGACCGAAGAAGGCACCAGCAGCCAGGUCAGUGAUGGCAUCAGCUGUGCCGACCUGGGGCUGCAGGAGCAGGUGCAGUUCCCAAACCUGGAGGGUGAGUUCUCCAUCGCUAUGUGGGCUACCAGUGAGAAAAGUGAGCCUGAGAGCCCCAAAGAAGCAGAAAGUUCGCCUCCCGAUUACUCCGAAUAUUUGAUGGGGAAGAAAUUCCCUCCUGGGGGCAUACCUGGUGUUGACCUCUCCGAUCCCAAGCAACUUGCCGAAUUUACUAGCAUGAAGCAGAAGAAACUCAAAGAAGAUGGGCCGAGAACCACCCCAUGUGCUCAUCCGGGCUGCGCGAAGAUGUUCAAGGAUACUGCGGCUAUGAAGAAGCACCUACAUAUCCACGGGCCCAGAGUGCAUAUGUGUGCUGAGUGCGGCAAGGCCUUUGUGGAGAGCUCCAAGCUGAAGCGCCACCAGCUAGUCCACACUGGUGAGAAGCCUUACCAGUGCAUCUUUGAAGGCUGCGGCAAGCGCUUCUCGCUUGAUUUCAACCUGCGCACCCAUGUCCGCAUCCACACUGGAGACCGGCCCUUCGCAUGCCCCUUCGAUACAUGCAACAAGAAGUUUGCCCAAUCUACCAACCUGAAGUCGCACAUCCUAACCCACACCAAAAAUAUGCACAACCACUGAAGAUGAGAGAAGGGACAGAAAUGUUCCUUCUUUCUACAUGCCCCAAAGUUUGAAAAUGAAUUUUCCGUUAGCUGCUGGUCAGCAUUUGUUUGGGAUAGAAGUAGUAAGUUUCCAAAAGGAGCGUUUGUACGGGAUGUUACUGAGAGACUGUUCGUCUUGUUUAGUGAUGGUAUUUCUGAGAAUUUUGGUUUCAAUAGACUAAUUUGUGGAUGUCACAUCAAAAAAAGACAGUCGCCUGAUUGAAGAACUGGUUAAAAACGACUUCAUCUUUUUUGGUGGUAGAGUUUCUAGGAACUUUGGUUUCAAUAGACUAAUUUGUGAACCGUACAUCCAAAAGGCCUGAUUAGAGAACUGGUUAAAAUCUGGACUUUUUAUAUAAGUACCAAUAGCACUUAGUUUGUUUAUACUUUUUUUAAUUUGUAUUUUAAGUGUUCAUGUUACGCUUUUACAACUAUGUGUGUCUUUUCUAGAAGUUGACAACUUUGGUUUUAAAAGUUUGCUGUAAAAAAAUGUUUUAUAGAUAUUUUUCUGCUACUAUAAAAAAGGUGUAUGGGUUUUUUUACGAUCUUAGUAUUGGUUAUCUUCCUUGAAUUGAGCAUAUUUUUUUAUAAAUUUUAGCUAUACAGAGAAACACAGUAAUGUCAUCAGUGAGUUCAGACCUGGCAGUCACUUUGGGUUUUUUUUUUCAAUAUUAAUUAGGUGCUUUUGAGUGUAAUUUGUUUGACUGAAGUAGUGGUUAGUAUAAUUUUUCUCUUUAUUAGUGGAUACCUUAUA